AUGAACUUCGCCACCACCCUUUUCUCCGUCUUCUUCUUCAUCGCCUCCGUCCUCUCCCAGGGCGUCCGGCUCUCCUCGCCCACCGACGGCCAGACCGUCUCCCCCGGCCAACAAAUCGUCGUCUCAGUCACGCGUCCCCCCACGCUCUCCAGCUCCGAAGAAGUCGCCGUCGUGCUCGGGCUCACCACCUGCUCGACGUCCACCGGCUGCCCCGCGCCCACGGACGGCCUCGCGCACGUGCUGUACAACGGGCCUUACAGCCCCGCGUACCCGGACCCGAACCCGGCGCAUCUCCAGCCGCAUCAGAACUUUACGGUCGCGAUUCCGGCGGAUAUGCAGCAGGGCAAGGCGGUGUUGUCUGUGUCGCACUUUGCGUUGCUUGGGGCGGCGUUGAUUCCCUGGACGCAGUUUGCGAACGUUACUGUCGAUGUGCAGUAGGUUGAUGCGGUGUGAUGCUGUUCUGGUUUGAUGACAGAACGCAUACAUUGUUUGAAUGUUUUUACGGACGCUUUACUUUACGUGGAUGAUUAUGUUUACUUAGUCGAUCUCCAGGAUAAUUAUGGACUAUUUUCAGAGUUUACUGCAUGAUGUUAGUAGCUUACGCAUUAGAAUCGAG